AUGUUCUACAGCCAUGAGAUCCUCACGUCCCGCGAGCAUGGCGUCGCGACGGUUUGGCUCGUUGCGACCCUCGGUGCAAAAUCUGCGGCGAGAAAAGUUAAUCGCAGGGCCAUUCUUGAUGUCGAUGUCCCCAAAGCUUGCGAAACUAUCAUACGUCCAGAGGCACCGAUGGCCUUGAGGUUACAGGGCAAUUUACUAUACGGGGUUUCGAGAGUGUAUCACCAGCAGUGCGGAUAUGCGUUGAUGGACGCACAGGCAAUGCGGGAUAAGAUGCAAGCGAUGUUGAGGGAGAUCCGUUCAACAGGAUUGGAUCCCAGUGCUGGGAAGGCGAAACCUAGCCAGCUCGUUCUUCCGGAUGACCCUUCCUUUAUACCCGAUCUAAUGCUCCCAGGAUUAAACGUAGAUUUAUCUGUUCUGGACAUCUCCUUAGACAUCGGAUCUCCUCGAAAAUCCAGUCUUUUGUCAAGUGUCUUGGCCCCAUCGAGCAAAUCUAGCCAAUUUUCUGAUGGCCAGCUUCAGUUAAACAUCUCGUCGUCCGAUAUAGGGGGACAUUGUGCUGGUGCCUCUGGGUUCCCCAGUGAUAUCGGCAGCAGUGUUAGAAAGGAAGCCCAAUUUGAGCUUCCAGCUGCCUUCGCAGAAGAGACUGGUGUUUUGCUGCAACCGGACUUCGAGUUCGAUGGCGACGGAAAUAUAGUUGAAUUACCAGUGAAUCCAACUCUCAAAGAUAAAUGCAUAGCAGUUUCUGGCCGCAGUGCCACCAACGUCAACUCCAGGCUGAGGACAGAGGAAGAGGCAGAGUAUCAAGCUUUUCAAGAUCAGUUCCAGGACCAGAUGGUUCUUCACGAUGAUGUGGAAAUAAGGGAUGGAGGGCAUAGCAACUUUGGUUCCGGCGAUCCGGUUUCAAUACUCGAUUCCGCUGCCGAUCCUAACUUCGAGCCGGUGGUUGAGGCAUCAUCGGAAGCCCCCGAAGUGGAGCAGCGUUUAAGGAAGAGGACUAUCAAAACAUUGGGAUUCGAUGACCCCCCAGAAUUGAGGAAUUCUGACCUAGCACAAUGGAAUUCAGAUUACGCACAGAACAUGGCUCUCGCUACAAAACUAAAGCAAAACAAUAGGCUUAUAACGCUAGCAAAGAAAAAUGCUGUAUCCUGGGUAAUGGGGGACAGAAUUUGCUGCGUGGACAUUGGUUUGGGUGUUUCGGAUUUUGAGCAUCCUCUGGACAUAUUCUCCGGAGAGCAACUGCUAGCCGCAUUAACAGGAACCAAAAUUCGUACAACCCGCCGCAAACGAAGCUGGGAUGAGGACAAAUGCGCUGAUUCAGGAGAUGAGGAAAGAAAUGUGCGUAUGAGAGGAGCUGCGGAGGAUGAAAUUGGGCGCGGAUAUGCAGCUGAACAUGACGAUGGCUAUGGCAUCGGAUUUGAGGACAUUGAAGUAGGCCGCCAUGCGCCCCUGCCUAUGUACGACGAUGCUUCAUCCCAGAUGCCAUGGAAUAUCACCGCCUCAAUCCGAGGAUCCCAGCCAGGCUCUUCUAUCCACUCUCGUCAAUUCCUCCCGAGCGUAGGGGGUUAUUCCAGCAUUGGUGGACCUCGCUCCAUCGCCAGCGGCGGCGGUCAUGACGGAAGCGUCAUGGGCGGCCCAUCAACAACAGCAUUAGGAAGGCGCAUGGGGCGGAUGACAAGCGCCAGUCCCUUGGCCGGCCGCGGGAUGAUGGGCCCUGGUAUGGGGGAUAUUUCAAUCAUGGACGACGGGGAAUUCGACAUAAGAUCCAAUCUAGGGGAUAACAUGGACCUCGACAGCUCGGUGACUGGGCGCGGUGAAUUGGCUAGCACCCGUAGCCAUCAUCACGACUCCUUUGAACUCUACGGGCCCUCCGCAGCGGUUGAUACGCAAACGGCCGCUGAGUCACAGUGGCUUGCAGCAACCCUUGAUCAGGAGAGUGCGAAUUUCCUCGACUUUGUCAAAAGUAAAAUUGGAGAAGCGGGCGAGAAGAAGGUAAACGCCCCAGCUGCUGCUGCUGGUACUGUUGAGAGCGGCGGUCAUGAAAACGAUCACGACAAUGCUAUUGCUCCCACUACUACCGUGGAGAUUUCAUUUUCCACCCUCCUUCCAUCAACAGUCAACAGUCGCAUCGUCGCCACGCAAGCACUGCUUCAUACCCUCACUUUGGCGACUAAGGGGGCAUUGCACGUGCGACAGGAAAAGGGUAUUCGAUCCGAGGGUGGUCAGGGGGAGUUCGGGGAAAUUUUCAUGUGGCUCGUGUGA